AUGCACGUCUGUGCAGACCUUUGCUGUUGUUUUGGAGCUGCUGGUCGUGCGUGGAUUGUUUGCCAGUUUUCUCAUCAGUUUGGAUCAUUUUUCACACUGACUUGGAUGCAAUUAAGGGCCAUCUCUGGAUAAGAACGCCGAGGUGACGCGGACACUGGAAUAAACAUUAAACGCUGUUUGUGUGCGUGCGUGCGUGCGUGUGUGCGUGUGUGUGUGUGAGUGUGUGUGAGUGUGUGUGUGUGUGUGUGUGUGUGUGUGUGUGUGUGUAUAAGUAUAAUAAAUAUAUACAUAUACCGGAAUUAAUUCCACACAAUGAUUCAGUGUGCAAAUUGCGAAAAGCCAAUUGUAGACCGGUUCUUGCUGAAAGUUCUGGACCGACCUUGGCACGUUCAGUGCGUGCAAUGCUGCGAAUGCAAGUGCACUUUGACAGAAAAGUGCUUUUCCCGGGAAGGAAGACUCUACUGCAAGAAUGACUUCUUUAGGAGAUUCGGCACCAAGUGUGGAGGUUGUUCCCAGGGGAUUCUUCCCAGUGAUCUUGUCCGCAGAGCCAAGAGCAAAGUGUUCCACCUCAACUGCUUCACUUGCGUCAUGUGCAACAAGCAGCUGUCCACCGGGGAGGAACUUUACAUCCUGGACGAAUUCAAGUUCGUCUGCAAGGAGGACUACAACAACGGCAAAGAUACCAUCCAUCUCUCAGUGACGACAUGCAGCGAGACCAGUUUGUCCCCGGACUCCCAAGACCUGCAGCAGGAGGACGGCAAGGACUCAGAAGCGGGUCAUCUGUCGGAUAAAGACGUCUGUCCCAACGAGAACGACGAGCAGGGCGCGGUGGGCAAGAGACGCGGCCCUCGGACCACCAUCAAGGCCAAGCAGCUGGAAACCCUGAAAGCGGCUUUUGCGGCCACACCGAAGCCCACCCGACACAUCAGGGAGCAACUCUCGCGAGAGACCGGCCUCAACAUGAGAGUCAUCCAGGUAUGGUUCCAAAACCGUAGAUCCAAAGAGAGGCGCAUGAAGCAGCUGAGUGCUCUGAGUGCCAGGAGACACAUGUUCUUCCGCAGCCCCAGAAGGAUGAGAGCUUUGGGGGAGAGGAUGGACACUCCAGAGCUCGGACAUUUCUCCUACUAUGGAGAUUAUCCUCCUGAAUACUACGGUCAAGGCGGGAACUAUGAGUACUUCCAAGGCCCACCGUCAUCCCAGGCUCAGACCCCAGCAGACUUGGGUUUCGUGCCCUCCGCAGUCCCCGCUGGCACCCCACUCGGGGCCAUCGAGCACCGCCACCCAGGGCAUCACUGUCCAGGGGAGGUGCAGUGCUUCCCCGACGCCGUCCCUCACCAUCCCAUGAACUCGCCCAGUCCAGAGCCCAACGGACCGGGUUCCAUGCACAGCAUCUCCAGCGAGAUGUGUGGGCCCGGCACGCCUUUCACCACCGUGACCCUGGGCGACAAUGGAUACACCAACCAGCUGUCACAGCCCUCGUCAGAGGUGAGCGAAGGAACUGUGUGGUGAAGACUAGCAUACAUCCCUAUGUAUCUUAUUUAUUUAUUUAUUUGUUUAUUUAUUUAUUUGUUUAUUUAUUCAUUUAUGUAUUUAUUUGAUUGUAUUUCCCUAUGUUGUUUAUUUAUUUAUAAUAUUGCUCGCCUCCUUUAUAAAUCUCUAAGUGAUUGUACAUGGUCUGCAGUUGAUUGUAUUCAAAAAGGGACUCUGGUGGACCUCAUUGAUGAAGCAAUAAACACAUGGACUGUAAUGUUUGACAAAACUCAAUAUGCAUGUAAGCAUUCUUUUUUUUCCCAUUUAACCCUCAAAGUAUAUUUGGCACUUGUUUUUGUCCUUUGUGGUAAAUUGUUGCUCUAUUUUUGGCCAUAACUUUGGUCGUAUUACUCUGAAUGGAAUGAUUUUUUCGAAAAAGGUUUUUAUCAUGAUUCAUUUGAAUAUUUUAAUUUCAAAUACUUUCAUAUAUCAACGAUAGACUGGGAAAUAAUUUUAGUCCAAUAGAGUAUAGCUAAAGGAUAAAACGUGUUCAGUGUAUAAAACAUUUUUGGAUUCAUAUUUUCUUUUUACUGUUUUUUUGCUCAAACCUCUUAAUCAACUUCAGUAUUAAAUAAAAAUAUCAAAAAACAUUUAAUGUUUAAUAUAUUUAAUUUGAACCCAUUGAAAGCUCAUUUGAUCCAUUUGUCCUUUUUUUUAUUUCGAAAAAUUGCCGCAUCUAAUUCCUACACAACUAAUUCUAAACAGUAACUAUGGUAAAGUGUACACUGCAAAAAAGAGCUGACAAAUAUAAGACAAAAAGGUUACAUUAAGGGGGAGGGGGGGAUGCUAAAAAUUAUAAUGAAAUUGUAUGUCUAUGCAGCUCCUUAAUUUUACAUAAUAUGACAUCCUAAAUUAAGAUUUGUAUAUCUAGAAAUUAGCAGGACUUUUAAGAUAGAGUCUAGUAUUUUAUUCUGAAAACAAGCAUUAUCCUUCUUGCAAAUAUGAUGUAAGACAAUGACUAAAAAUAAGCAAAUCACUCUUAAAACUAGAGCAAUGCCUAGUAAUAAAAUUUUAAAGCUUGGUAAGUGGCGAAUAUUUUGCAGUGUACUUGUUUUAUCCAAAAUGAAACCCUGAAAUGUGAAAAUGCAUGAUUAUUUUGUCUAAUGGCUGUACAGUUAGACAAUGUAAUUCUAAUGGCAGUCAAUGGGAACGUGUUUUGUCCCCAAUUUUAAUCUGAGAAUGCAAAAAAAAAAAAUAAUGCAUCAAAACCAGUUUUAUUACUAAUCGUAUGUAUAUUUAAACCUGAUCUUUACCCCAGGUACCUCAGCCCUUUAUCAUUUACUGUAUGGACAAUAACUAAUUUUAUACAAAUCUGACAUACAGAUGGCAUUGAAAUGGUUAAAAUAAAAUAUAUAUUAAAAAAACAGGACAUGGUUGCUAUCUUUAUAUAGGACUUAAGUUGAUUGAGGGAUUUGAUCCAAAAAAAAGUGGAAAAAUAUGUUUUAUACACGCUUAACUGCCUGAGGACUUUUUUGUCCUUGAGCUACUCUAUGCCUUUUAAAUUAAGUAAUCCCCAGAGGGUUAAAUGACUUUUCAGUAUUAAAAAACAUAACAACCCAAGGGUGUAUACAAGGUUUCUGAUUGUCGCCUUCAUUGCAUUUGACCAAAAAGCUCUCUCAGGACUGUGAAGUUCGUUUUUACUUUUAUUUCAUUAUCUCAUUAUUAUGUGUCAAACCCUUCAAAAGGAUACAGGGCGUGUAUAUCUGAGAAAUAAUGUUUGUUUUUUUGUAUAGAAACUGCUUGGGCGACGAGUUUUUCAUCACAAAAACUUCAUGGGUGGUGAAAACUGAUACAAGUGAACACGUUGUCGCUGGGUUUUGUCUUUGCUUGCAGUUCUAGUGUGUAACUGAAACACACACACACACUCACACACACACACAAAUGUGGUGAUUUAACAGGAUUUAAACACUGUCUUCAUCAUUUACUGUUACCUUGCAACAAAUUACUGCAAACAUUACAGUACCCUUAUAUUUCACAGUAAAUUACUGUAAAUGUUACUGUGAAAGUAAUACAUUAUUAGUCAGGAAUUUACUGUGAAUUUACAACGAUCAUUUUUACAGUGUGGUUAAUUCUUCUGGAUUACUUCAUGCACACUGCAGCAGGAGUUAAUGUUUGUCAUGAGACGAUUGUUCAAAUUGUUGACCAUUCACUGUAUAUUGAAUAAAAUCCCAAUUAUUGUUUUUUGUCGAAAUCCACUUUUCUUUUCAGUCAUUUAUUCAGACUAAUCACU